AUGAGUAAAUCAAAAAACUUGAUUAUAGUAGCAAUCAUUUGUCAACUAAUUUUAAAUGCUUCAGCCUAAUGUGAAAUGAAUAAUGGAUAAUGUCCUGAGGGUUGCAACUUAGUUUCUGGAAAUUGUAUAGAAGAUAAAUGUAAUAAUUAUAUUUAAAAAUUGGGAAAUUCUACAUCUAAUCCAUUUAGUGGUUAAUUAGAAUUUGUAAAUGGAACAAUAGAUUUAAAUGUUACUAUAUUUUAUAUUGAUGAUGAUUAUUCAGACCAAAAAAAAUUUGGAAUAGUUAAAGGAGAAAAUAAAGAAUCUUGUUUAGAAAUGUAGAUAUGGAUGUAUUAAAAUUCCUAAUAUAAAAUCAAAUAAGAAAUAAGUUACCCAAUUCAAUACAUCAAUGAUAAUAAGAACAAAAGAGCUUAUUCAUAUAUUAUUCCUAGUAAAGAUUUUGUGAAUUAAUUGUAAAUAUCUGAGAAUGAAAAUUAUUAUUUAUUUAAUGGUUUUUAUGGAAUAGAAUUUAAAAUAGGAGAAAUUAUCUAAAGUUAAAUUUAUUAUGACUUUUAUGUUAAAAUCUCAAAAUCUUCAACAGGAAGUAAAGAAACUACUUUUGGAAGUUUAAAUUCAUAUAUGAAUAGUAGUACAAUUCAAAUAAUUCCAAAAAGCAUUCUAGAAUUUUGUAAUGAUGAAACUUGCACUUAAACAAUGAAUUCAACUUCACUGUAUUUAAAUGAUCAAGUUUGGCUAAAACAUUCAAUAAAUACAUCUGGAUUAGAAGGAUAUUAUUUAACAAAUCCAGUAAUAUAUUUUAUAGGAGAUAAUAUUUUUAAGUAAGGAACAAUAAAAGAUAAAAAACUAAAUUAAAAAGGAUUUUCUUUAUAUUUAAUGACAGUUGAAAUUGCAUGGUCUAAUAUUAAAAUUAGUGCUGCUGCAACUAUGUCAAUAAAUGCUGGAAAUAGAUUCUUAGCAGAAGAUAAAACAAAAGUAGAUUAUAAUUCUAUCUAAACAACUUCAAGUAUAGAGAUUGAUUGUAUAAGAAUUAAAGAGACCAAUUAAUGUUGUUUUGACAAUGAAACUUGUUUUUCUGAUCGAUUAUCUCCUAAACUUAUUUUAUUAAUGAUUUCCAUUAGUUUAUUAUUAUUAUUAUGA